AUGAAUGCAAAAUUUGCCAACUCCAUCUCAUCUCGAUUAUUUACUUUCAUUGUCGGUUCGGAAGAGAAGAGGAUCACCAUUCACUCCGACGUUCUAACCAGCCUCUCGUCUGAGCUUGACAGCCUCCUAAACGAGCGGUUCAGAAGGGGUCAGCGAACUCGACUGGUCGUAUGUCAAGGCGGACACAUUCAUCCGGCUGUGCGAGUACGGUCCCAGUUGAGAGCUGGUGCAAAACCGUCCCUCCCGCGCCCGUCAAAAGAUAAGAGCAGAAUCUACGACAGAUCAGCCGCACAGUCAGACAGGCCUGGUGCUGGUUCAGGCGCGGCAGCCCAGGCUUUACCUCGGAUUUUCAACCCGUCUAGUACUCGCGAUGCCUCCAACCAUCUCCACACCUGUCUCACGACCAAGCGAGGCCAAGUCUCCGAAGAGAGAAAAAAGGCCUACGCGCCUCGCAAGAUACCCCUCCACCUCCAAAGGCAACUUACGUCCAACCUUCUCGGCUAUGCCAAGCUAUGCGUCCUGGCGGAGCAAUACGGCAUCGUUCCCCUUAAGGAUAUUGUUUUGGAAAAGCUGGCGACGACACUCGGAGAGUUUGAGUUGUUCGAGGACCACGUGGACUAUUUUAUUGAGCUGGUGCGCUUCUCGUACUUGCAUACACGCCCUCGGGACGACGAGGGAUUUUGUUUGCGGGAUUUGCUGGCGACCUAUGUUCUCUCGAGGCUGAAGCAACUCUAUGACAGUGCGAAGUUUCUGAACUUCGCGCGCAAAGGAGGCGACUUUGUGGUCGAGGUCAGGCAGAAAAGUAAAUUAAGUCAGGUUUACCAAAUAUGGACAGUGGUGCCGACACUUAAACCUAGAAGCCAACAGCCUCUGGCACUAAGAAAUAAGAUAGCAACCGGUGUCAGGCUCUCUGGUGGAGGUAUUUAA